CUAGGUGGGCGAGGGAAAGAUGGCUGCCCUGUCAUCACGUUUCCAGAAUACUCUGCAUUCAGUGAAAUUCCAGACAGUGAUUUUCAGAAUGUUCUGACAUACCUCACAAAUAUUCCUAGUUCACAGGAUGCUGGAAUUGGGUUUAUACUGGUCAUAGACCGCAGGCAAGACAAAUGGAGCUCCGUUCAAGCUUCUAUACUUCGAAUUGCGGCAUCGUUUCCAGGAAACUUGCAGCUAGUUCUGCUGUUGCGUCCAACAGCAUUCUUACAAAGAACUCUGUUUGACUUUGCAUUCAGAUUCAAUAAAGAUGAGUAUAAGAUGAAGCUACCGAUCAUAAUGCUGAGCUCACUAGCUGAGUUAAAUAGCUACAUUGACAGAACACAACUAACAGAGGAUCUUGGGGGAACUCUGGAUUACUGCCACAACAGGUGGCUGACACAUCGAACUGCUAUAGAGAGCUUUGCUUGCAAGGUUAAACAGACCGCCCAGACCCUUCGUUCUUUUGGAGCUGAACUAGCAGAAACGGAGCUUCCCAAUGAUGUGCCGUCCACUGUGUCUCUCCUUACAGCACAUAUUGAAAGCAAAGUCAAAAUGAAGGAGGAUCUAAGGAUAUCAUUAAGGCAAGGCCGUGAUAUUCUCCACAGUAUUAGGAAACCAGUUCUUGAAAACCCAGAGUCUAAGCUGAAUCCAGAUCAAAUGGAAAAUCAAAAUACUGUUGAAAGGCUUCUCACUCAACUAGAUGAAACAGAAACAGCCUUUGAUGAUUUUUGGUCUAAACACCAACAGAAGCUGGAGCAGUGCUUACAACUUAGACAUUUUGAACUGGAUUUCAGAGAGGUCAAAGCAGCUCUAGAUAUUGUGUCUGAGAGAUUAUCUCAUUUCACUGAAGUAGGAAACAGCUGUUCACAUGUGGAACACAUUCUAAAAGACCUCGUCAGCUUUGAAGAAAAAUCACAUGACGUUCUGAAGAAGGCAAGGAUGCUAAUUUCUACAGGUGAUGAGUUUAAACAGAAUAACCAUUAUGCAGUGGAUUCCAUUCUCCCAAAGUGCAAUGAACUCCAGCAUCACUGUGACACAAUUACUGCUGAAACAAAUAAAAUAAGGACUUUCCUCAACCACUCCUUUGACUUACACAGACGACUGGAAAAGUCCAUGAGGUGGUGUGAUGAAGGAAUUUACCUGCUGGCUUCACAGCCUGUAGACAAGUGCCAGACCCAGGAUGGCGCAGAAGCAGCUUUACAGGAGAUUGAGAAAUUUUUGGAUAAUGAUGGAGAAAACAGACUCAAGGAACCACAUUACUUGUACAAAGAAUAUGAAGCUAUCCUUAGUGAGGAAUUAAUGAAACACAUACAGAAAGUUUAUCAGAAGCAGGAAAGUAUGGAAGAAAUGUUUCAAAAGAGGCGAGUCAGCCUUAAGAAAUUGGCAGCUAAGCAGACUCGUCCAGUUCAACCAGUGGCACCUAGGCCAGAGGUCUCUCUAAAAUCCCCUUGUCCUUCCCCAGGGCUCCAAAGAGAUUCUGAAGAUCCAUCAAGCCCAGACAAUGGUCUUAUGGUCCGGAGACUAAAUUUCAGAAGGAUAAAGAGUGAAAUGAAUGAAAUCCAUCAAACUAGAGGUGGCUCUGUGAUGGAUGAUGAAGAAAACCUGGCUGUCUUACGGAAACAUGUUAUUAAUGAACUUCUUGAAACUGAACGAGCUUAUGUGGAAGAACUUCUGUGUGUUCUUGAAGGCUAUGCUGCAGAAAUGGACAAUCCCUUAAUGGCACAUCUUAUUUCGCCAGGGCUGCAAAAUAAGAAGGAUGUUUUGUUUGGAAAUAUGGAAGAAAUCUAUCAGUUUCACAACAGAAUAUUCUUGAGAGAACUAGAAAAUUACAUAGAAUAUCCAGAACUGGUAGGAAGGUGUUUCCUUGAAAGGAUGGAAGACUUUCAGAUUUAUGAAAAAUAUUGUCAAAAUAAGCCUCGAUCUGAAAGUCUGUGGAGGCAGUUCUCAGACUCCGUAUUCUUUCAGGAAUGCCAAAGAAAACUUGACCAUAAGCUGAGUUUGGAUUCAUAUUUGUUGAAACCUGUUCAAAGGAUAACUAAAUACCAGCUGUUGCUAAAGGAAAUGCUAAAAUACAGUAAAAAUUGUGAAGGUGCUGAAGAUCUCCAAGAAGCACUAACCUCAAUAAUGGGAAUCCUCAAAGCGGUUAAUGAUUCCAUGCAUCAGAUUGCAAUAACAGGCUAUGAUGGAAACCUGAAUGAACUGGGCAAACUUCUGAUGCAAGGAUCCUUCAGUGUCUGGACAGAUCAUAAGAAGGGUCACUCCAAAGUGAAGGAUCUGGCACGAUUCAAGCCGAUGCAGAGACAUCUCUUCCUCCAUGAGAAGGCAAUAUUAUUUUGCAAAAAAAGAGAAGAAAAUGGAGAAGGAUAUGAAAAGGCACCUUCGUACAGUUAUAAGCAUUCUCUAAAUAUGACUUCAGUUGGAAUAACAGAGAACGUCAAAGGUGAUGCUAAGAAAUUUGAAAUCUGGUAUAAUGCAAGGGAAGAAGUUUACAUAAUACAAGCUUCAACCCCUGACAUUAAAGCCACCUGGGUGAAUGCAAUCAGAAAAGUAUUGACAAGCCAACUACAUGCAUGCCGCCAAGCUAGCCAACACAGAGUUCUAGAACAUACGCAUAGUUUGCCCUUACCUGCAUCAUGCAAUACAAGCCCUUCCCAAAAUGAAAGUAGGAACAUUAGGAAACAAGAAGAGAGAAAUGCUGAUCUUGUGAGCCCAGAUGGUUGUAUCAGUUCAGGAGCACCAAAGUAUCCUGAAAAAGGCAAAGAAACAGCAUCACUUACCAUUAAAAGCCAGACUUUGCCAAUGACUCUUCUUGCAGGACCAGCUUCUCCUGUCAGCCCUGACAAAAACACUAAACGACAUGAAGUAAAGAGUGAUCCAACUCCUCUGGGUUUGAGAGGAUGGUCUAAGACAACUCAGUCUGUUGAUGCUUCAGAAGAAAAUGAUGGUUGGUCUAGUUCAGAGGAUCCCCUUAAUUCCUCAGAUGCAGAAGACGAAGGAAAAGGAGAGAAGAAGCUGACUCCUGGAAAAUACACAGUUACAGCCAAUUAUGACAAAGGAGGAGCCGAACACCUGAUGCUGAAAAGCGGAGAAUUAGUUCAACUCAUGCAUGAAGGAGAAGAUGGGCUUUGGUAUGUAAAGAAUCUGAGCACAGGCAAAGAAGGCUGCCUCCCUGUCAACAGCCUGCUGGCAUUGCUUGGCAACUCAAAAUCUGCUCUGUCUCUGAGCAGUUCAGGAUCUGCCGCUGGUUCAAGUACACUCAGCUCAUCUUCAAGCUACAGUGAAAGCUGCAAUAUCAGUAGCACCAGCUUCUCAGACAUUAAGGGCUAACUUUCAGGCUCUACCAAGAUUUGUACAAAUCUUUUUUUCCUUCGAAUGCAAGUUCCGGAUGCUAGGUGAAAUAGAGAAGCACCAUGUUUGCCCAGCUUCAUGUCCUCGUCCUCACACCCUUCAUCCUUGGCCACGUUAAUUGGCCAUUUACAAUAUCUUUCUCAUAACAUGGAAUUAAUAUUUAAAGCAUGGUCAGGUGCAUGGGAUAGAAUAUUAGAGCAGAUUAUGAGAAGAAAGUCUUCUAGAAGUAGCACCUUGGAAAUCUGCCACUCUAGAACAAAAUGAACCUCCCCUUGGACAACUUUGAAGAAUGUUAUGAAGAAACCAGGUUAUAUUCUUUGGUGUAAAUGUCUACAGUUUAAAUCAAGAAAUAUGAACUGAAUGUAUAAUGUUAAAAGGGAAAUGAGAAGCUUGAUCUUCGUAGGGCAUUUGACAAAAAGUCUCUUGGAAUCCAGGUGUAAUGUGUAAGAAAUCUUUUAUAGUGGCAAUAGAGAAUCCAUGACACUUCAGCUAUUGUUGGACUGCAAUUCCCAUCACUCCCAGCUAGUACACCUAAAGGUGAAAGGAGAGUUGCUUUUUAAUGGUGUCUGGAAGGUCACACAUUAACCAUCCCUGUCAUAUAGCAUCAGAGAAUUCAGUUUUGAUGUGACUGUUUGUUUCUGGCAUUUUGUUUUUCUUUAUUGUGCAUUAUGUAGCUGUAGGCUUUGAUACAAAAAAAAUUGAACUAUUCCACUUCAACAGAAAUCCUUCAUGUCUCUUUUAAUCCCUCUCUUUUAAAAAACAGUAUGAUAUAGUGGCUGUUUGGAGCUAUUUCUACCACUGAACCAAAUUCUGUAACAAGAAUAAUUUAUGUUACAGUGACAAUUUGAUAAAACAAAGUCUGUUUUGUAAAUUGUGGCACAAAAACAUUGAAACACAUUUUGUUAUUCAGCCUGUUCUUCACCAUUUUUUAGCAGUACACAGUUGUCUGUAGCACUUAGUCAGUAGGUGGUUGCAAGCUGAGAAAUUGAACAUUUCUAAUUCUGUCUAUUGCAAAAUCCUUCUGUUGCUUAACAUUAUUAUGAAAUCAAGAACCCUGAUUGAGGGAGAAACAUAACAAAGGGAAACAUAGGCAUUUUGCUUUCUACAUGUAAAAUAGAGCAACGUUGCAUAAGCAGUCUCAUUGAAGAUGGGAGUUACAAAUCUACCUGACACAAUGAAAGCUGUAUUUAGUCUCAUAUAUAGUAUAAACCAUAUUAGAUCCAUGCAUACUUCUGAAUUCGCUCAUAGCAUUUGGACUUCAUUCAUACAUUACAUUUUUUUUAAAAGUCGGACAGAAGGGAAUGUUUGACUUGCAGCACUUAUAAGAAUUGGACAGGUAGGAUCCAGUAACACAUAUUUGACUUGAAAUUAAUUUCCUGAUACCCUGUAUGAACAAAGUAAAACAUCAUUUCAACUGUCAGAAACAGGUUCUAGCUCAUGGUUGCAAUCAAACUGUGUUUGACUUCGGUCAGUACAAAAGUGUAUAUCUGUAUAUGUUUAUAUAUGUGUGUGGUAUGUAUUAAUGUAAAUAUAUGUAUUUAUACCCUUCAGACUGCUAAAGAUGCCUCUGUAUGUACUUAGGUUCCUUCCAAAGGCAGCAGUGUGAAAUCUGAGGCUUCAUUUUAUACAAUUUCUAGCAAGAACGAUGCAUCUCAGAAUCAUCAAAUGCAAACAAGACUGUACCAGCCAUGGCAGUGCCCAUUCUGUCGUGGUUAUAAAAUAGCAAUAGUCUCUGUAACUUAUAUUGUAAAUAUGAGUGUUUAAAAAAAAAACAAUAAUGCUUGUAUUCCAAAAUUUUUCCUGGAAAGAAGGGUACAACUCCUGGGGGGUUAUAAUCAAAACCUCUAUCCAUUGUGCUAGUUGUGCCAGCUUGGAAGACUGACAAAAAAAUAGGAUUAAUUUAAAAAAUGGGAUUAAUAAAAUGGUUUAUUGCUUCUCUGUCUCCUUUGAAGGAACUACAAGGGGGAAAGAAAGCUAUGUAAAUAGGCCCUUCUCUUGAAUUCUGUCUGUUUUCACUUUGUUCUCGAUGACACUCCUUCUGUUACUCAUGUGGUUGUACAUCAUUGCACUUUAAUGCCAUCUACAUUUCAAUUUUCUAUUGUUGUAAAUUGCUACUGCAGAGUCCACUGUCUUUAUUAUAUGUAUGAAACUUCAAAUAAAUUUCCAUACUUCUUCCCAGGUGAUCUCAACAUA